UUGCGAGAAUUGGAACACAAUGUUCAUAAACAAGACAAAGCGGCAGAGUGUUUACAGGAAUAAGAUGCCAGUAAGAGAAACCUGACGAGCAUUACAAAAAUCUGAUUUCUUUCAUUACAGGGAAAAGAAGAGUUUAAAGUGACAGCCUACUAUUCAGUUCAGCUAUUUAACAAUGAUUCUCAAAAUUACUAAUUUUCUGCUUGGAAACAAAACCAGCGAUGACACUGAAGAAAUCGACAAUCAUGAGGAGGUGGUAGAAUAUGAAGAGGGCGAGUGGGUCAUAGUCAGCAUUCAUGAGAAUCCGUUAGUAAAUUUAGAAGUAAGCCCUCUAGAGAACCUGCUGAUUGAACAUCCCAGUAUGUCUGUGUAUCAAAAGAAUUUCCAGAAUUUCAACAGUGACAAUCUGCUUUCUGAACAGGAAAACUACAAUGGUCAUGCUUCCAGAUCCCCAGAAGUGGUGCAUUAUAUUUCACAUCACCUUAUACUUCACGAGAACAUCCUUCCUGCCAGCCACUUACACUGCAUGCAGAAGGCUAAGGCAUAUAUUGACCGCCAGAAGCUGAGUCGUAAUUACCUUCUCCGGCAGAACCAAUGUAAAAAGCGAUACCCACCCAAAGAAAAGCACUAUGGCAACUUCAAGCAACCUCGCCAGCAUUUCUUUAACUUCUGAAAUGAAUUUGAUAAAAGUGUUUAUAAAAAAUAUGUAAUUCACUGCAAGUUACAGGUCUGUAUUUAGUUCAAAAUGCAUGGACGUUUUAAAAAAGGUGGAUUAAGUGCAUGUUAUCUUUAAACAGUGAUCCUAAUAACUCUGAAUUAGAUGAACAAAUAGUGUAUACUCUGCCAAAGUCAUUUUUUGAACUGUACACAUCUGGUAGUGUUGUUAUCAUGUUAGGAUCUGUUUUUAUUCUAUUUUAAAAGAUGGGUUACCUCGGAUUCUCUUUGAUUUACAAGUGUGCUUUGGCUCUUUUGUUACUUAUUAAUUUCUAAACACCUAUUUGUUAUUACUGUACUGCCCUUACUGUAUAUAUUCAGUUGCAACCCAUGAAAGUUUGAAUAACGAAUGACAGGCAGCUCCUUUUUAUUUCACACUAAUUCAUAUAAACUCGGAAGCCAGCAGGUCACUUAGCCACUAUUGUGACUUGUCUUCCAAUAAUUUUUCACUCCUUUCCUGUUGCUACUUUGGUGAUUACAGUAUUCUAAUUACUCAGGCAUUUUGGUGCUAUGUUUGGAUGCCGAGUGUAGAUUGUUAUCUAGUUAUCCACUUUACUCACUCUGAGAGAAUGGAAAAUACAAUCAUAGUACACUCGGUAAUUACCUGAAAAGGAAUGUUGUGUUUGUCAUUGACUGCUUCACAGAGCAUUCAGUAAAAGGCAGCAUCUAAGCAGCCAUCUAAUCUAGGGAUAAGGACCUUUAAGUUCUCAUAUGUUAUUUGCACUUUGCCUAAAUUUGUUUAAUGCAUGCCAGUAAACCUUAUUUUGCUUAUUAGGUUAUAAAAAAUGGAACUCUGUAAGUCUAAAACAUGGAGAAUUUUCUAGAGCAAUGAAAAAUGAGGAAGCUAACAGUAUGCCUCCAACUAUUGAACUAUAAUAAUGGAGUACCGAGUAAUCUGAAAUAAGCAUUUGUGCAGUGGAUAUCCCAAGGUCGUAAAACUUCAUUAGAACUUCUGCAAAAAAAGAAAGAAUGUACUUUUUAUCACAACUACUGCACAUUGUCUGGUAGUAAUACCAAAUUGUAGUAGUGAUGCAUGUACAGUGUUCUCUGUGUUUGUCUAUAACAUAUGACCUCUGAUUUUACCUCAGAGAAUGAUUAAAGACAUUAACAAAUGAGAGAAAAAACAACAACUGAAUGUUAUUUUGUACAUUCUGGCAAGAUGUUAGUUCUGCACCUGUUAUGCCUUUUACAAGAACAGGUCAGCAUUAUAACAGAUAUUGCAACUGUAUAUAAUCCAUUAUCAGAAUGCUAAUGAAUACAUCUUGAUGGAAUGGAAAAUAUCACUUAAUCCAGUAAAGGUAUUUUAUGUUUACUUCCUGGAAGUUUUGAUGAUGAAUUUAUUAAUAGCAUUUACUCUACAGAAUUAUAAUUGAAUGAAAUGCUAAGAAUUGUUUAUAUUUUAAAAUUGUUGUAGUCUUACAUGGAGGUAAAAUUAAUUGAUUUUCGGCUUCAUGGGGAGAUGGAGCAUAAUUUGACAUCAUUAAGCAGGAGGCAAGGGACCACCACUAAACAGAGCACCAUCCUGUCUUAAGGUACACAUGCACAUGUAUCUGUAGUAAUUAACCUAAAAAGCUUGUCUUUGGGAUAUGAGGAAAAAUCCAAACAAACGUGCAUACCAAGCCCAGUGAGUGAAGUCUGGGAAUCAAUGCCUGAUAAUUGUGAGAGGGCAGACCUCAAUAAUGGAACAUUUUACAGCUCCAAGGAUGUAGAUAAAUUUAUCUUUCCAGUCACUAAUAUAUAUCUUCAUGUGUAUAUCCAUGCAACAUGCUGCAUUACAUAAUCUAUUAACAAAUAACAUAUUCUAAUUGGUGUUGGAGGGUAUGGUAUUAAUUGAGAAUCAAGGUAGUAAAUAUCAAUUUUUAUAUUAAUUAUUAACUUACCUCUGGAUCUGUCACCACAGAUUAUGAUUCAGUCUGCAUGUAUCCCUGCUUCCCUUUCACUUCAUGUUUCCUGUAAGAUUGUUAUAAGUGAG